AGGGGGAACAUUGCACAGACAUUAAUGUUCAAUAUAAUAACUUUAUAUGCAGCAAGAGAUUCCUCAUGUCUCUCUUUCAUGAUGGUGUAUAUAAGUAAUUACCGGAGAGGCAAUGAGAAGGCAGAACAAACAUCUUAGCUCUCAGCAUCUUCUCUUUGAUCAACAACAAAGAACUUAAGAUCAAGAAAAAAUGGCACCAUCCUUCCGUGUUCGUUCUAACAGUUUCCCUUCUAGCCUUCAUCCACAAGCUGCUCAUGUCGAUGAGCAGUUGUCUCGUUUGAGAUCGUCUGAGGAAGCCUCAACAUCUUCUAGCUCCUCUAUCUGUAAAAGACUUGACAACAUUCAAGAGCUACAUGAGUCUCUUGACAAGCUUAUCCGCCUACCAGUUACCCAACAGGCUUUAGCUCAAGAGCAGAAUAAGAAAGCUGUCGAGAAACUUCUUGACGGAUCUCUCAGGAUCUUGGAUUUGUGUAACAUUUCCAAGAAUGCUUUGUCGCAGAUGAAAGAAGGUCUCAUGGAGAUCCAAUCCAUUCUACGAAGAAAGCGUGGAGAUCUAUCGGGAGAGGUCAAGAAAUAUUUAGUCUCAAGAAGAUCCCUAAAAAAGUCAUUCCAAAAGGUCCUCAAGAGUUUGAAAAUCAAACAAGACCAACAAGAGUGCAAUGACAAAUCUCUUGCUAUGUUUGGAGAAGCAGAAGCUGUUACAAUGGCUCUUUUUGAUUCUCUAUUCUGCUACAUGUCUGGAUCAAAGACUUGUGACAAAUGGUCACUCGUCUCAAAGCUAAUGAACAAGAAUAAGGUUUCAAGUGAGACGCAAGUAAAUGAAUUCACAAGAGUUGAUUCCAAAUUCCAGUCCGAGAAGACAUUGAAGAUGGAUGAUGUCCAAAUCAACCAAAUUUACAGUUUAACUUAAACCAACCAAAUUACAGCGCCAAGAUUCCUCUCUAGAAUACUACAAGCAUCUCUCAAUUUACACGUUUACAGCAAUAAUAGCUCUGUUCAUGUCUAAAUGGUGGGAGACAAUGGAAAUGAUUCAGCAUUAAAAUAAGUAAACCGUGUGAUUUCACAUGCCAAAACCAAUGAAUUAGGAUCUUGUCUAUAUUAUAUUCUUGAAAACAGACUUGCACAAAAAUGAGACAUUGUUUUAAAGCCACUCGUGCUUAAAUUUAGUUAUCGAUGGAAGGCUGACAUGUGAAGAUGAAUGGUGGGAGACACAAUACAUGUUUAGUGUAUACAUU